UCCCUCAUUGAGCGGCAGCACGCGUUUUCACCUAAGAAUUGUGUUUGUUCUUCUUCUUAAGACUAUAUUCUCCGCAGACGUAGAACGUGUGCGCCGCCGAUGCUUUGCGCCAGCCUGAUUUUAAGUUCCACUAGUUAAAAAAAAAAGAGAGAGAGAGAACGGUUUUGGUGGGAAGAUCGAGCUUGUGCACAGCAGCAAGGCUGGAUAUCGCAUGACCGAUGCAGAGCUGCAGAGGAAGAGAGAGAGAGAGAAAGAGAGAGAGAGAUAAUCGAGAUUCUUGCAUUCGGGGAGAAAGCUGGAAGAGCAUAUUCGCUGAUCUGCGCUCGCUUUGGACGCUCUGGCAGCUAAAAUAAAGAGGCGCAUUUGUCAUCCGCUUCAGGUCUGUGCGCACUUGGAGGAAAGUCACGUUCUUUAAGAAAAUUAAAAAAAAAAAAAAAGAAAAGAAAAAAUGCAUGCGUCAAGCCCGGCGUGAUGUUCUGAGAUGUGGGAUUACAGCGCUCUGUUCUCAGCCAUGUCCGAACUUUGGUUCUGGCUGCUCUUCCGAGAUGACGCCGCUGAUUUCGGCCGGACGGACUCGGAAGCCGCGCUGGCGUGAAUGAGAUCUACCCUCCCUCCUCCUCCUCCUCCUCCUCCUCUUCCUCUUUCCCCGGAUCAGACGGCACUCUUAACGUGCGCCUGCUGUAUGGAGCCUAACGCGGAGGAGACUUGACUUGUUUUUUUUUGUUUUUGUUUUUGUUUGUUUUGUUUUUUUUUAAUUAUUAAUUUUUUUUAAAUUUAAUUUUCCUUUGUUUUCUAUUUCGUCCAAUUUUUGUUGUCAUAUCUGCUUUGGCGAUCGAGUGAAGGACGGGUGACACCAUAGGAGAAGGCGAGAGAGAGAGAAAAAAGACAAAUCAAUGUUUUCCACUGAGGUUGGAGAGAAGACCGUGAUUUUCGGGAUGCCUUGGCGUUCACACGGAUCGGCACGAUGACACUUCACACUGGCACCACACUCGAGUGAGCCGGGGCAUCCUCUCCCAGGACAAAAUGCAUAUCUGGAUUCUAAAAAUAAUCCUUCUGAUUGCAUCAUCUCUGAGGCUGGUCGAGAUGUAUGACAAUUAUGGGGAGAUCUGCCGGAGCCUGUGCAUGUGCGACGAGAAGGAGGGGAUCCUGACGGUGAGCUGCGAGAACCGGGGGAUCAUCAGACUGACAGAGAUCAGCCCGGUUCAGUUCCCGAUGUACCACCUCCUACUGACAGGGAACCUCCUGAAGAAGCUGUCAGUCAAUGAUUUCAUCAAUUACACCGGGGUAACCAUCCUGCACUUGGGGAACAAUGAUAUCUCCGAGAUCGAGUCGGGUGCCUUCAACGGACUCCAGGGAUUAAAAAGGUUGCACCUGAAUAACAACAAGAUUGACCUUCUGAGGGACGACACUUUCACAGGGCUGGAAAGUUUGGAAUACCUACAAAUUGAUUAUAAUUACAUUACAACUAUAGAGCCCAAUGCCUUGAGCAAACUGCACCAACUGACAGUGAUGAUUUUGAAUGAUAACUUACUUUCUGCCCUCCCCUCGAAUAUAUUCCGGAAUGUCCCCCUUACACACUUGGACCUGAGGGGGAACCGACUAAAAAUGUUCCCCUACAUUGGCCUCCUGGAGCACAUGGACAAAGUUGUGGAAUUACAACUGGAGGAAAAUCCGUGGAACUGCUCCUGUGAGCUCAUUGCUCUCAAGGCUUGGCUGGAGAGCAUAGCCUACACGGCUCUGGUCGGGGAGGUGGUGUGCGAGACGCCUUUUAGGCUGCAUGGCAGAGACCUGGAUGAGGUGUCCAAGCAAGAGCUGUGCCCGCGGAGACCCGUAGAGGACACGGUCAGGCCUGCACCACCCAGCAGCACCAAUGGAUAUUAUCAGACCACACCUUCUGCUGUCACGGCCUCUGUCACUUCAUCAGCUGUUUUUAGGUCCUCCUCCAGGCCUACCAAGGGCACACGGCAAUUUAACAGAACUAGGUUAAAGCCCACUUCUCGGUUACCGGGCGGUAACCCGUAUAACUAUGGCCCCAUCAUUGCUUUUCAGACCAAAUCUCCUGUGCCUUUGGACUGCCCCACUGCCUGCACAUGUAAUCUGCAGAUUUCUGAAAUUGGGUUAAAUGUCAACUGCCAAGAGAGAAAGAUUGAAAGCAUUUCUGAUCUAAAACCCAAGCCAUACAACCCUAAAAAAAUGUAUCUCACUGGAAAUUACAUCCCUGUGGUGCGAAGAUCUGAUUUUGUCGAUGCCACUGGAUUGGAUUUGCUUCACCUGGGAAACAACAGGAUAAGUGUGAUCCAUGACAGGGCUUUUGGGGAUUUAACCAACCUCCGUCGGCUGUAUUUAAAUGGUAAUCUCAUGGACAGGCUUACAGGGGAGAUGUUUUUUGGCUUGCAGAACUUGCAGUACCUUUAUUUAGAGUACAACAAAAUCAAGGAGGUGGAGGCUGGCACUUUUCACUACCUGCCUAAUCUCCAGCUGCUUUUCCUCAACAACAACCUCCUCAAAACUUUACCCAUGGGCAUCUUUUCCAGCCUCUCCCUGUCUCGACUUAAUCUGCGUAACAACCAAUUCCAAAACCUGCCUGUGAGCGGUGUUUUAGAUCAGCUCAAGUUGCUUGUGCAGAUAGAUCUGUUUGAAAACCCCUGGGACUGUUCUUGCGACAUAGUGGGGAUGAAGAUAUGGCUUGAGCAGCUCAGUGCAGGCACGGUGGUUAAUGAGGUUGUGUGCGAGACGCCCAUACGCCACAAGGGGGCGGAUCUGCGUUCCAUCCAGUCUGAGCAGCUGUGCCCAGAUUAUACUGACUCAUACAUCUCACCAACUCCCCCCACGGAGGAGCCCAUGGACGACCAUGUUGUCACAACAAACCCUCCUCAGAAGUUCAGCCCCUCAAGCAGCACAGUACCCCUCUCCGUCCUCAUCCUUAGCCUCUUGCUUGUUUUCAUCAUGUCUGUUUUUGUGGCGGCAGGGCUCUUCGUUGUGGUGAUGAAAAGGCGCAAAAAGUCUCAGAGUGACCGCACGAGCACCAACAAUUCGGACGUUAGCUCCUUUAACCUGCAAUACAGCCUCUACAGCAAUCGCUCCUGCCCUAAAGUCAAAGCCCCCGCCGGUCACGUUUACGAGUACAUUCCCCACCCCAUGGGCCACAUGUGCAAAAAUCCCAUUUACAGGUCACGGGAAGGAAACACGGUGGAGGAUUACCGAGACCUGCACGAGCUCAAGGUGACAUACAGGAAUACCUCUGAUGAGGAGAGGGAUAGUAGCACGUUGAGGAGUCCCGCGUACAGCGUCAGCACCAUCGAGCCACGUGACAACCCCUCCCCCAUCCAGGAUGCAGACCACUUUUUCAGGGGCAUUCUGGAGCCCGAUAAGCAGUCCCCGCAUCAGUCCAUCCCAUCCAUCCCAGCAGCCAAUUUAGAGUACAAGUACACUGGGCCUGUGUCGUACACGUACAACCCAAAUUUCGAUGUCAGGCGGCAGUUCUUGCACCCGGAGAGGAUAAGAGAAACGAUGCUCUACAGCACAGCACCCAGUACUGUUUAUGUGGAGCCCAACAGAAACGAGUAUUUGGAGCUAAAAGCUAAACUGCAGUCUGAGCCUGAUUACCUCGAGGUCCUUGAGAAACAGACCACCUUCAGUCAGUUCUGAGCAAUGCGGUUGCUAAUGUUAAUGAGACACUUUGUCUGCUGGUCCUCCUUGAAACAGUGGCUCAGUUUAUUAAAGGGUGCCUUGGCACAGAAACACACGAGCAAACGCGAAGGAGCUAGGACGGGGUGUGCCGAACAAUCAAUUCUUUCUGAGACGCGACAGCACGAAAACGGAUACAGCUUUCUGACAGGUAGACGAACAAACUCCACUGAUGAUGAUGCAAAUUUUAUUUUUUUAUGGUGAAGAUGGAAUAACACAAAAUGUAAGUGUACUGGUAAAUCCUAUCCAACUUCAUUUUCAGGAAUAUAACCAUACAUAAAAAAAGGUAUAUUGUGAAUCAGAAGAGAGGGAGAGAAAAGAAAAAAAAAAACGUUUAUAAAAUCCCUCUUGGACAAAAAAAGAAAAACACUUGUACAGCAGAUGAUCGGAACUGUGUAGGACUAUUUUCUGCUGUAGUCUGUAAGUAAGUAUUUAUUGAUAUAAUCUGCCAUGUCUUUUAAAAAAAAAGAAGAAAAAAAAACAAACUUUGAUUCUACAUCAGAUAUUACCUGUGUCAUCAUAUCCCAUGAUCCUCUGGAAAAAAAGGCUUAUGUUUGUAGUUUCAUUUACUGUAGCUCUGCAUUGUAACAGUGGCUUUUUCUUUUUGAAAGUGGCACACCCCCCCAAAUGUUCAAAAACAGACUGCGUCAUUUGAAGAUUUAAAAAACAAAACAAAACAAAAAAAACAACAAAAAAUAGUGUCUUUGUAUGCUUUCUGCACUUUUUGAAAUUGGAAGGCAAGUUUGCCUUCAUUGAGCUCUCAUAAAGGAGAUUAUUAUAUUAAAAAUGAAUAUGAGUAUUCAUUCUUAAUAUGUAGAGAUAUGUUAUCAAAACUAAAUUCAUAAAUGAUAUUUGAAGUAUUCAUUAUGUUGUGUAAUACUGAUAUUUUAAUCAAUGUAACACCUAUUUUUAUACGAGCAUUGGCAGAUUCUCUAUCCCUUAUUGGUUCCUUUGUUUUGAUUGCUUUGCACUUAUUGCACUAUAUUGACCAAACUAUGUUAUUGUCAUCAAAUAAAACAAGAUGUCAGGUUCAUA